AUGCCGGAAGAGCACCUGUCAAACCCGGUCUCUCCGGGACACACGAGUCUUGGCCUCACCAGAACUGUCGAUGUCUCCUUUCAAGAGAGCCUAGAUGAGUUCCUCAGCGAGUUCAAAUCUCGCCUUACUAAAGAGGAGGAGGAACAAUUUCGAAAUACCACGCUGGAGCAAGUGAAGGUGGAAAUCCUUCAUAUUCAGGAAAAGCAAGCAAGGGACAAGAAAUUAAUGGGCCUGAAUCGCAUUGCGAGAUUUAUUGAGGGAAUGGAAGAAUGGGGGAGAGUGGUCGCUAUUUUUGCCAACAGCUCAAUAUUUGUUGCAUUUGUUUGGGGUCCCGUGAAAUUUCUUCUUCAGGCUGCGAAGAACUUUACCGACUCAUUCGAGAUUCUACUCGAUGCUUAUCGGCAAAUCGGACAACAAAUUCCCCUGCUAACCCAAUACCAGACUCUGUUCAGUCAGAGCCCCGAGAUGAGGAAUGCUCUCAAAUUGAUGUACUAUGAUAUUCUGACAUUCCAUCGAAAAGCUCACCGCUUUUUCUCAGGUCCAGCCUGGAAAAAGAUAUUCCAUGCCUUUUGGAAAGAUUUCAAAACAAGGUUCGACGGAAUACUCAAAUCACUCAGCUAUCACAAAAAUAUCAUCGAGAGUCAAGCCCAAUUGCUACAUUUUCAGAGAUAUGAUCAAGACCGAAUGCAGCUCCUAGCAUGUCUGAAACAAUACGAGGACCUGCGAGAGGAUCUGUGGAAAAGGAUUGAUGAACAGGAAAGCGCCGAACUCCAGAAAAAAUAUGCCGAUGCUAUAGCUUGGUUGGCAGCAUCAAGUCCAACUUACGAGCACGAAAGAGCCCUUGAGAAGAGGGAAAGAUACCCAGACAGCGGGAAGUGGAUAUUCGAGAAACCGCAAAUGGUUGACUGGAAAGAUGGUAAUACACCGUCUUCACCGUUAUUCUGGCUGAAUGGUAUGCCGGGAGCAGGUAAAACUGUUCUUGCAUCAAGCAUCAUCGAGAAAUGCAGGGAAGAGUAUCAAUCUUCAACGGUUUUCUUUUAUUGUGUUCAAAAAGAUCCCACGAAGAACAACUUCUUGUCAGUCGUCAAAUCCCUAUUAAGCCAAUUGCUGCACCUAUCUCGCGAACUUGUUCCGCAAUACCACGACCGGCUGAAGAAAAACGGUGAAACAAUAUUACAAUCCCAAAAGCAAGCCAUUGAACUUCUGGAGUUGUUUUUCCAGGUCAGUCUGGGCCAACCCAAUCACAGCGAACAGGCCGAUGGCGAGAACCGAUUUUAUGUUGUGAUUGAUGGACUAGACGAGUGUGAAAACAACGAAUGGUGCAAGAUCAUCGAUCUUUUUCAGAAGAUCACCAUCAAUGCAGAGAAGGAGAAUUAUGGAAAGCUUCGGGUUAUGCUCGUGAGCCAACAUCUCAACCAGAUCCAGAAAGCACUGAGGAACGCCUCCUGCCUGUCUAUCGAACCGAGCGAUAACGCUGGUGAUAUCCAAGAUUACACUCAGCAAAGGGCGAGGGCGAUUCAGACGAAAUUCGACCUGAGUGAUGAUGAUACAGCAGAUGUGGUGAGGCGAACAUGCAAUGGGGCUCAGGGAAUGUUUCUGUAUGCCCGACUGGUCAUUGAUAAUCUUCUAGAUUCGGAUACGAAAGCCAGCUUUCGGAAAGAAUUGACAAGAGACUUUCCGGACGGUCUUGAAGAAGCAUACGGAAGAAUAUUGGAGCGUCUCGAAAGGUACUCUGGUCCUGGCGCGGAUCCGCAGAAAUGGGAAACCAUCAAAACGAUUCUGGGGUGGUUAGUGUGUGCUCGGAGACCUCUCAAAUGGUCCGAAAUUCAGUGUGCGCACUCGAUCGACUUUGAUCACAAAACUGUAGACUUGGAGAGCAACCAGCUGCGCUACCAUAUCCGGGACAAAUGCGGUUCGCUUAUUGAAGCGUCAUCGGAUGAAUUUGUAUAUUUCGUGCACAGCACUACAAGCCCAUAUGUCGUCAAGACAGGUUACGUCCACGAAAUUUCCGCGGAAUUGAGUUUGACUGCUAAAUGUCUUCAGUACCUUACCCUCCCGUGCUUUAGUCCAGAGCUGGACCCUCAGGGGCUCACCAAAUUCGCGAUCGAUGGAUAUUAUAUUCUCCAGGACUAUGCCGUCUCCAAAUGGUCGGAGCACUUCUCUGCUUUGAUGGGGAAGUGCGAAAAGUGCGAAGAAGACGAACUCAAUAUGGUGUUUUGCAGCGAUGCAUUACCCGAGUUCGAGGACGCCUUGAUCCAUUUCAAAACAAUCUAUGAGGAUGCAUUUGAUGGAGCCAUGGAAAGUAUAUGUCUUCCUUGGUGCGAACCAUUUCUGAAAGACAACGAGGAUUUUUACAUCGCACUUUGUGUGUUGAAGGCCCAUGUCCAACAGCAUUCCAAAAGCCGCUUCGAAGUCAGAAAUACAGUCAGCAUCAAAACACUAAAAGAAUCGUUUGAACGAAGUAGGAGCUUCUUGGAAAGGCCGUCACAAAAGCCGAUUAAACUCGAGCUCAGUAGGGGCGACUCAGAAAAGCUGGACCAUCUCUAUGGCGAGUGCAGAUACAAGUGUCCCAAACUAGGUUGCCUACGCUUCUACAACGGUUUCAGAAAUGCCGGGGAGCGCCAAAAACAUGUUGAUGCACAUGAUCGCCCGUAUCGCUGUGAUGUGCCAGAAUGUCAAGGCCAGGCGUUUGGGCUUACCUCUUCGCAGGCCCUCGAGAAACACACGAAGACAUUUCAUCCAACAAUUGCUGAUCAAAUGGAGUCGUUUGGCCCGAUUGACAAAAAGGAGGAAAACAAAACCGCCAAGUGGCCUUGCACAUAUCCGGGUUGUCCAAAAAGAUUCACGCGUGGUUUCCACAUGAGAAAUCAUCUACGGACCCAUAAUUCUGAACGUCCUUACAGCUGCACGCAGUGUGGGAAGGCUUUCACCAGAGAUUAUGAUCGUAAGAGGCAUGAGAAGAUUCAUUUGGGGCGCUGA